AUGGACAAUCAACAGACAGAACGGCUGCGUGAUUGCGCGGUAAUCACAAUUAUCCACAUCUUUACCUCCUCCUACUUCCUACUAUUUAUGCUUCAUUUACUUAUUUUUCAUUUCCCCUCCACACCCGAGGCUAUUCUCAACUCUGUUGCCGUCCUUUUAUUUUGCGCCGGUGUGCUAUACUGGUGCAUCUCGAGUAUCAUCUAUCGCAUCAUAACAGCCGCUGCGCAAGGCAAUACUAUGGGAUGGCAAAAGCUCGAGUUUAUUGGGACACUUGUUUUGAUUGGUGCAACGGCCGUUCCAUUCGUGGUUCUGCAAUUUGGAACCGAGCCAUCUACUCGUUUAAGUUAUUUAUCAUCUUUGGUGUUGGUAACUGUUGGCUUCUUGGUGGAUCUCUUCACCGUGGAACCGAAUGAAGCAGUGGUUAGAGAAAGAUUCCCAUAUCAUUGUGCCUCCCUUGGCUUAUUGAUGUUGGUCCCGGCAAUCCAUGCACUUUCAAGGCACCAAUUUGAGUACACGCCAUUGGUUCUUCAAUUUGGCAAGGUCGCCAUCUACAAUGCUCUUGCUGGUAUUCUCUUCUUGGUCAAACCAUUGGAGAGAACGCGAAUGAUCACCGGUUGGCGGCCCAGUCUUUAUGCAAUGCAUCUCGUCCUUGUUUAUAGCACAGUGACAUAUUCCAUGGUUGUGUUGCGUGUUUUGAUAGAUCUGUGA